AUGCCAAUACGGUCGACCGGCGACAAAGAGGUCGAAGCAGUCGACCUGGACCGCUUAUUCGAACAAUAUGUCGAGACAGAUUUACUCAAUCAUUUCAAUGACCGAACGCCUAAGCAAUCCACUUCAGAUAACACGACGCAUCAUUUCGAAUCGUCUUUGUCAAAUGGAAGCGAAUGCUUUGGUCCUGAGCCUAUACUCGAUCGGGAAACACAGGCUGCUUGGCACAAGGCUCUCGAAAAGUACGCACAAAACGCAACCUCGUUUCGAUCUGAUGAUCCUGCCUCCUCUUUCUAUGUUACAUCAUCUUCCGGCAUUGAUUCUCGUAGCGACUCCGAGUUGUUAAGCUUCGAAGAUCUCUUUGAGCUGGAGAGAAAUCACUCAAGGUCCACCUCUCAGCCUCCUACAUCUCGACCCCACCCUUCUGGACGAUCUGUCAAAAAGACUCUUUCCUCUCACGGUCGACCGAAGUAUCGCGGCAUUACCAAGUCUACCAAGAGACCACAUCCUUCAGUCUCGGCCAAGAUGAUGCAAUCAUCUCAUUUCCAAUCGACCAUCGCGGAUGCGUGGACUCGCAAGACGGACAGCCCGACAGAAUCUUCCGCGAGAGCCUCGUCACAUGGUAUCGCUUCGCCCCCGCUUUCUUCCAAUCUGGAUCAGCAAGAGCGCAACAAUGGCGGUGUUCCCCAUAAUUACCACCAGGCUUACACUAAUGACUAUUCGAGCCUGCCCAACGACAGGUCGAACUAUACGAACUACCAAUUGACUCCAUCUGCAUCGCCAGCAAUGGGAAAUUCCAGCAACUCCGACAGCGGCUUCAACGCUAACAUGGGACUCGCCUAUUGCUCUUCUAGCACGUCAAGUGCGGCUCUCUCAGCCUUGCAGACCCCGCCUCCCUCUCUCCAAUUACCCGUGACAACAUGGGGCCCUGACCCCUCGCCGGCUUUGGAUCUUAGUUUCUCAGCCUCGUGCGACACUAGCAACAGCCUUGAGACAGCAGGUUGGUGGAAUGAGAACGACCCCACCGUUCAGCCGCCAUACUCUACCAGCUUUGGUCAGAGCAAUCUGCGAUCUACGAGCCACAAUGUGAGACUGGAAGGACUAGGAAUCUCUUACGACUCAGCCGCAUUUGACUUUGGCGCUAUGAACGAUAGCUAUUCGACCCCUAGAGCCUCAGCCUCGUUCGAUAUGGCUAGCUACGGUGCCAUGUACAACAGGCCAUCGCACCAUUACGCGCAACCCCAAGUGCUGCCCAACAGCCAACCAGUCUCACGUUCUCCCUCACCACGCGUCGAACCCCGCUUCCACCGCUCCAAGUCAAGUCAACAUCGCUCUAGCCAAUCGUCAAGACGCAAAUCCAGCCAUUCUUCCCAGCAGUCCUCACGGCAGACGAGCGCAAGCAGUGGCGGUGUCGGAUUCGUAAACUUCACGCCAGACGACAGCCGCAAGAUCCUGACAGGCGUCGCGCCCAGCGGUUCCAGCAAGACGAAAGCGCGACGAGAGAAGGAAGCCGCCGAUAAGCGCAGGAAGCUUAGUCGAGCGGCUAUGAAGGCUGUUAUAGAGGCUGGUGGUGAUAUCGAUAGCCUCAGGAGAUUGGAGAGGGAGGGCCUGCUGGUUAUGGAAGGGUGA